GGAUGUGAAAAGCCUGCAAUUUAUAAUUCUGAUAAUUCUAAAGAAAAUGGUUUUAGUGAUCAAGCAAAACAGAGAGAUAAUCACAAACUUCAGACCACUAAUAUUUCAUCAUUUAGUCGGAGCCACAUUCAGACAAGCGGUGGUAGAGGACCAGUUAAAUUAAGCCACAAUGAUCAAAGGGAAAAGAUGAAAGACAUUUCCCGAGAAUGUGCUCUGAAAGCCAUUGAACAGAAAAACUUACUUUCUUUACAAAGAAGAGAUUUAGAAAAGGGACAAAGGAAAGAUGUAGGCCGACAUAAAGAUUUAGUUGACGAAAACCUCCCACAUUUCAAGUCUGGAUCACCUCCUGCCCCAAAUAGCUUUAGACAAUAUGAGAAUCCACAUCUAUAUCACAGUCAAGGAAGAGGACCCUAUAAAUAUGACCGAAUUUCCCAUCAGAGUCAAGCUUCUGGACAAGUAACAACUUCAGGCAAAUCUCAGAUUCUUGUUCCAGGAGAGAAAAUAACAGGCAAAGUUAAGAAUGACAUUGGCACUGGAUAUGAUACAGACAGUAGCCAAGAUUCUAGGGAUAAAGGAAGUGGCUGUAACAGCAACAGUAAAAGCCGGAACCGAGGUUGGAAACCUAUGAGAGAAACAUUAAAUGUCGAUAGUGUUUUUAGUGAAAGUGAAAAAAGGCAACAUAGUCCAAGACAUAAGUCAAAUGGCAGUAACAAACCUAAAGGAAGGAAGGAUCAGAGUUUUAGUAACUGGCCAAAAGAGAAUCCAAGGCAGAAAGGUUUAAUAACCAUAUAUGAAGAUGAAAUGAAACAGGAAAUAGGAAGCAGAAGUUCCCUUGAAUCUAAUGGAAAAGGAGCAGAGAAAAAUAAAGGCGUCAUAGAGAGUAAAGUUCAGGGUGAAAACUGGCAGAUGCAGAGGACCGAAUCUGGAUAUGAAAGCAGUGAUCACAUCAGUAAUGGAUCUGCCAGUUUGGACUCACCUGUUAUUGAUGGAAAUGAUACAGUAACGGAUGUCUGUGGUGAUAAAGAACUGGUAUCUUUCAGGUAAUACACAAAUUGAAUGAAUGAUUUUCUCCUCACAUUCCUCUCUAUUUGAAUUUUCAAAGUUUGGGGUCAACCAUAGAAAAGAUUAUUAAAGAAACCUAAGCUAUCACAGUUUUUAGUUAUUUCCUGACUUCAAAAAUAACAUCUAUUUAUUUUUAGGAAAUUUGGAAAGUAAGAAGUCCAUGGCCAUUGUUUCUGUCACUGUCAAUUAUUGAUUUCUACUACAGGUUUUUAAAGUAUAGACUUAAAUUGGCUUCACCUCUGUUAAUAAGCUGAUUGUUUAAUUCUUCAAUCUGUAUGAACCUCAUUAUCUCAUUGCUAUCAUUUUAACUCUGAACUGGAGCUGUUUUCUGCUGUUACAAUCCAGUGCCCUGGAAGAGAUAUUUUCCCUUUAGCAAAUAUUUAAAUAAA